CAAGAUUUUUUGGAUACGAAUUCGACCUCAAACGAAGUCAUCACUUGACCACUUCAGCAAACAAUGGGACAAGCGAUGCAUUAGGCAAACAAAAGCAAAUACACGAAACGUGAUCAAAGUAUCCAUUCGAUUUAUGGCUUGUGCAUCCAAAACUGCCGGACAACCGGUUCCAUGCGGCCGGAUUCAUCGAUCAAGUCAUUGUGCUGCUUCCGUUGCCGUCGGCAUAAGUUGGCCAAACAGUUUUGGGCAUAUAAAAGCCAUUGGAGAACAUCGCAUUCACAGCACACAUCUUUCGUUGAGCGCAGUCUAAACACUUGAAAUCAUGAAAUUCCUGAUCAUUGCCCUUGCCUUCCUGGCCUGCGCCUUCGCCGAUGUCUCGGAGCUUUCUGGCUACGACUACCAGCAGCCAGCCCCUGCUCCCGUGGAAACCUACAUUCCACCUGCACCCCCAGCACCCGCACCCGCUCCCGUCGAGACCUACAUCCCACCCGCGCCACCAGCACCCGAGUACAUCCCACCUGCUCCUGUCCAGGCCGAGGAGCCCAUCAUCGAGGAGAUCGAGCAGCCCGCCCAGGACGGCUACCGCUACAAGACCGUUCGCCGCCGCGUCUUCCGUCACCGCAACUAAAUUGAAAGCCAUUUGUUAUUGUUAAUUUGUUGACUCGAGUGCAAUUGCUGAAUACCAUCUUCGGAAAUUCACUUGGAGAGUAAAUAACUGUGAAAAAUUAUUCGUUGUCUUGUACUUCUUUGGUUGUUAUCAAAG